UUCUUCUUCUUCUUCUUCUAUGGAGAUGGAGAUGGAAUACAUAAGGAGACAUCACAGGCAAGAGACAGAGCACAAUCAGUGUUCCUCUGCUCUCGUUAAGCAUAUCAAAGCCCCUCUUCCUCUCGUAUGGUCGUUAGUGAGGAAAUUUGACGAACCUCAGAAGUAUAAGCCAUUUGUGAGAAGGUGCGUUGUGAGAGGGAAUCUGAGAGAGGUUGAUGUUAUGUCUGGUCUUCCUGCAACUACCAGCACUGAGAGAUUGGACCUUCUUGAUGACAAUCACCAUAUCCUCAGCGUCAGCAUUAUUGGCGGUGAUCAUAGACUUAGGAACUACUCGUCUAUUAUGUCUCUUCACCCAGAAAUUGUAGAUGGAAGGCCAGGAACCCUGGUAAUUGAAUCAUUUGUGGUGGAUGUGCCCGAAGGGAACACCAAGGACGAGACUUGUUACUUCGUUGAAGCCUUGAUCAAAUGCAAUCUCAAAUCACUUGCGCGUGUUUCAGAAGGACUUGCUGUGCAGGACCACACUGAACCCAUUGAUCGGAUGUACGACUUGUUCAUAUGA